AUGUUCUCAAUGAACACAGGUACUGAAACCACGGGCUCUAUUGUGAACACAGGUACUGAAACCACGGGCUCUAUUGUGAACACAGGUACUGAAACCAUGGGCUCUAUUGUGAACACAGGUACUGAAACCACGGGCUCUAUUGUGAACACAGGUACUGAAACCAUGGGCUCUAUUGUGAACACAGGUACUGAAACCAUGGGCUCUAUUGUGAACACAGGUACUGAAACCACGGGCUCUAUUGUGAACACAGGUACUGAAACCAUGGGCUCUAUAAUGAACACAGGUACUGAAACCACGGGCUCUAUAAUAAACACAGGUACUGAAACCAUGGGCUCUAUUGUGAACACAGGUACUGAAACCAUGGGCUCUAUUGUGAACACAGGUACUGAAACCAUGGGCUCUAUUGUGAACACAGGUACUGAAACCAUGGGCUCUAUUGUGAACACAGGUACUGAAACCAUGGGCUCUAUAAUGAACACAGGUACUGAAACCAUGGGCUCUAUAACGAACACAGGUACUGAAACCACGGGCUCUAUAACGAACACAGGUACUGAAACCAUGGGCUCUAUUGUGAACACAGGUACUGAAACCAUGGGCUCUAUAAUGAACACAGGUACUGAAACCAUGGGCUCUAUAACGAACACAGGUACUGAAACCACGGGCUCUAUAACGAACACAGGCUGAGUUAACUACCAAAGUGAGGGGGAGGGAGGCUGAGUUAACUACCAAAGUGAGGGGGAGGGAGGCUGAGUUAACUACCAAAGUGAGGGGGAGGGAGGCUGAGUUAACUACCAAAGUGAGGGGGAGGCAGGCUGAGUUAACUACCAAAGUGAGGGGGAGGCAGGCUGAGUUAACUACCAAAGUGAGGGGGAGGCAGGCUGAGUUAACUACCAAAGUGAGGGGGAGGGAGGCUGAGUUAACUACCAAAGUGAGGGGGAGGCAGGCUGAGUUAACUACCAAAGUGAGGGGGAGGGAGGCUGAGUUAACUACCAAAGUGAGGGGGAGGGAGGCUGAGUUAACUACCAAAGUGAGGGGUAGGGAGGCUCACCUUCACAGGGAGGGGAGGUGUGUGUCUGUGGGGAAAACCCUGCCAAAGGCUGGGACAUUUACAAGGAGAUGUACA